GAGCCGCCCACAGCAGCGCAGAGUGCUAGAAGAGAGAGAGCCUUUAGGGAGCCGACAUUGCAGCAGUGUGUUGACGGUUGGUUGAAAUUCGAAGUGACUGAAUAUGACUAAAGAGAUCAUGGAGUCGGCUGCUGAACGUUCUUCAAGCCAACAGGUGCUCAACAUGGCCGUGUCGUCGUUCGAGACGCUCUCGGCGCUGCUCGGUCUGACGGCCUACAUCGAGCCUGCACUGCGGGCGAGGUCGGCGGCUGCCAAGCUGCCCGCCUUCACGCUCGACCAGGUGUCCGAGCACUGCUGGGUGGACGACUGCUGGGUCGUGCUCUACGACCGGGUGUACGACGUGACCCGCUUCCUCGACGUCCACCCGGCCGGCGCCGACAUCCUGCUGGAGAGUGCCGGCAGGGACGCCACCAGCGCCUUCCGCGGCGUCGGCCACUCGCAGCAGGCGGUGGAUGCCCUCCUGCAGUACCAGGUCGGCGUGCUCGUGGACGCAGAGUGUAUGUGGCCCGCCUCCAAGUAACGUCGGCUGGGGCGCGCAACACUCUCAGGGACGACCAAAACACGACGUCGUGAUCGAAUCAUCUCAUCGGAGCGGUGGAACGCGGGCGAUUUUGACCGCGUUGUAUGCACUUCCAUACGCUAUUUAUUGUUGUGUUGUUUUUGUUGUUGCAACAUGUGCCAUCUCAUCUACUCGUUGAAAAAUAACUCAUACAAGAACAUGUGACAUUGUUGUCUUAUUAUCCUGUGCGCUGAAUAUUGGAGGCGACAACUGACA